AUGAUUGAAAAACCAGAAUUCACUGAUGAAGAGUUAUACAAAUAUAGCUAUGAAGUUUUAUACGCCAUCAAAGCUUGCCAUGAAAGAAAUAUAGCACAUUCAGAUAUUAAACCUGCAAAUUUCCUCAUUGAUCACUAUGGCCGCUUAAAAAUUUCAGACUUUGGCCUUAGUACACUUUACGAGAACAAGCAACUAUGUCAUGUUUUCAAAGGUACAAGAAUGUUCAUGGCUCCAGAAAUAUUUUCAGCAGACCAAUACAAUCCUCUUGUUGCCGAUGUGUGGUCUAUAGGUGUUACAUUGUAUUACAUGGCUACUAGAACGUUUCCUUUUUAUUCAAAUGAUCAGUUAAGCCUUCAAAGGAUGAUUGAAGCAGGUAUUUACGCUGAAGAUGAAAUCCAUAACCUUUUAUUUAGAAAAGUUGUGUCUAGAUGCUUAGAAGUGAACGUCCAUAAAAGGGCCACAAUUGCAGAACUUCUUGAAAUGCCUUAUUUUAAGCAGUACGCUGGUGAAAACAUUGGACUGAAUAAUAAUAUGCAUAAAUCUCAAAAUUUAGCAAUUAAACCUCGAUCAAAAGAUAGUUCUAUUUACAAGUCUCAUUUGGCCUUCAACCGUGGAAGUUCUAGAAUACAUUUAACUAACUCUCGUUCUCUAGAAACUUUUGUGGAAUGA